GAGCAAUUAUUAAAAAAUAAAAAGGAAAAGGGUAAUCUGCUGCAGAACAUUCUUCAUCAUCUCUCUCUCUCUCUCCAACCCAAACGACGAAGAAGAUUAGCUUUCUGAUAUUUGAAUUCCCAAUUCCGAAAUCACUGUGUUUGUGAAUAUUAACGCUGAUCUCAAUUCCAGCAACACUAUUUCUGAUCUCAAAAGUUUCCAUUUUCACAAACAAAGUCUGAAUCAUCCAAUUGGGUUAUGCUCCAAUCCAACAUCACUAUGGGUAAAAUUACAGAACUGGGCUUUCUUCUCUUACCCAGAUAAGAAAAAGGGUUCCUUUUUUUUUUCUUCACCAUCAUCUUCAUAUCAGAGAUCGUUGUUUUUCCAGAUUCAAAGAAAAGGGUGUUCCGUGUUCGUUUCUGUUUGAUGAAUUAUGUUCAAAAAGGUAUUCAGUAAACUUCCUAAAAAGUCACAAAAAAGUUCGGAGAAUCGCGAACAAGGUGGAACUCCAAGAAGCCAUGGUGUUUCAACCUCAAAAAACAGUGAAAAUAUUACACAACAAGGUAGCAACAAAACCGGUAAUUCUUCUACUUCUUCUUCUUUGAAUGUAGGACAAGGACAGUAUAAUAAUAAUCAUGGUAACAAAGGUUCAUCAUUACCUUUGUUUGUGAAUGAAAAUUCCAAUGGUAAUUUCAAUUCUUAUGAAGCAUUACCAGCAUUUAGGGAUGUUCCCAAUUCUGAGAAACCAAGUUUGUUUAUUAAAAAGCUUAAGAUGUGUAGUGUUGUUUUUGACUUCACUGACCCUACUAAACACCUCAAAGAAAAAGAGAUUAAGAGACAAACUUUGGUGGAACUUGUUGAUUAUGUGUCUUCUGUUAAUGCUAAAUUCACUGAGAAUGUAAUGCAAGAGGUUGUGAAAACUGUGUCUGCAAAUAUAUUCAGAACACUCAGUCCUCAACCGCGUGAAAACAAACUCGUUGAUGGUCUCGAGGUUGAGGAGGAGGAGCCUUCAAUGGAUCCUUCUUGGCCUCAUUUGCAAGUUGUUUAUGAGCUUUUCCUUAGAUUUGUGGCAUCACCUGAGCUGGAUGCAAAGUUGGCUAAGAGAUUCAUUGAUCAGUCCUUCAUUUUGAGGCUUCUGGAUUUGUUUGAUUCUGAAGAUUCUAGAGAAAGGGAGUACUUGAAAAUGACGCUGCACCGCAUCUACGGUAAGUUAAUGGCACAUCGCCCUUUCAUCAGGAAAUCAAUCAAUAACACCUUUUUGAAUUUUAUUUUUGAGACUGAGAAGCAUAAUGGGAUUGCUGAGUUCUUGGAAAUUUUGGGGAGUAUCAUCAAUGGUUUUGCGUUGCCAUUGAAAGAAGAGCAUAAAUUGUUUCUGGUUCGUAUAUUGAUUCCAUUGCACAAGCCGAAGUGCUUAGCAAUGUAUCAUCAGCAGUUAUCUUAUUGCAUUACUCAAUUUGUGGAGAAAGACUGCAAGCUUGCUGAUACGAUCAUUAGGGGGUUACUGAAGUACUGGCCAAUAACAAAUAGUUCAAAGGAAGUUAUGUUCCUUAGUGAGUUGGAAGAAGUCUUAGAAGCAACUCAACCUCCGGAGUUCCAGCGAUGUAUGGUGCUAUUGUUUCACCGUGUUGCUCAUUGUUUGACUAGCCCUCAUUUUCAGGUCGCGGAAAGAGCUUUGUUCUUGUGGAAUAAUGAUCACAUUGUGAACUUAAUAAAACAAAACUGCAAAGUGAUACUGCCAAUCAUGUUCCCUGCACUGGAGAGAAAUAUUAAAACUCAUUGGAAUCAAGCUGUCCACAGUCUGACUUUAAAUGUUCAGAAGAUUUUUCACGAUUUCGAUCCCGAUCUGUAUAAAGAAUGCUUACAAAAGUUUGAGCAAGAUGAAUCAAAGGAAGGUGAAGUGACAGCAGGACGCGAAGCCACGUGGAGACGUUUGGAGGAGCUUGCCGCGAAGAAAGCUACGAGUAGCGAAGCCGUGCUUGUUGGAAAAGCACUCACUCGCAAAUCGGCAGGUUAGAUAGAAAUGGAACAUGUAUUCUAUAUAGCUUCAUUUUUUAAGGAAGAAUUUUACGGUAUUUUUUGGCAUGUGAUGGGUUGGCCAAGAAUGGCAAUUUCUUGAAUACUUUCCAUAUUCACUUCCUAUAGGAAUUGAAGGGUAUUUAUUAUUAUUAGUAGUGGAUAAUCUUAUAUUCACCACAAUGUCCAAAGCUUAACUACCAUAUAGCUUAUACUUUUGUAGCCUGAGUUGACACUCAGCACAUUUGAGAACUUUUCUUUUUAAUGCACAUUUCCAAUGAACAUUUCCUUGUAGGCUAAAAGUCUUUAAACAUACCAUUGGGUUUGGCGCAAA